AGCGGGCACCGAGAGCGCAUGAGCGAGCGUUUGUUCAGUUCAGUUGAACGAGACCAUGUUGUUUGCAAGGCGAGCCGCGUUUUUGACGACCGCUUCGGUAAUUGUACUUUUGCUGGCCGUGCUGCAAGGCGCUUUCUCUUGGGAGGAAUGGCCCAGGGUGCAGAUGGGGCAAAAGCAACACGAUUCUUCAGCCGUCCAGCUGCAAGACUCGAACGACUUAUCAGCAAGUCCUCAAUUCAAGAGAAUCGGCGCCGGACAGCAGCUGAAGGAGAGCGCGGUCCGCGUAGCCCAGCAAAUCAAAUCCUUCGUGAAUUACCUGAACCCCUCGAACCCCCCGCGGCCCGGAGGCAGAGCGGUGCUCCCGCAGACCGUGGCGGCGCAGUGCGGGGAGGAUAAGGUCGUGGUGACCGUCCAGCGGGAUCUCUUCGGGAUCGGCCAGCUGAUCAAGGCUUCUGACGUCAGCCUGGGUAGCUGCGGCGUCACGCGGCAGGAUGACGUCAUGCAGAGCGUCAUAUUUGAGGCUCAGCUGCAGGAGUGUGGCAGUACCCUGAUGAUGGUAGCUGACCAGCUAGUCUACAGCUUCACCCUCAAAUACCAGCCGAGCAGGAAUUCCAACCAGCCGAUCGUGAGAACCAACUCGGCGGGAGUGGGCAUCGAGUGCCGCUACAUGCGGAAACACAACGUGAGCAGCAAUGCCCUUCGACCGACAUGGCGCCCCUUCUCCUCCACCAAGUCUGCCGAGGGGGCGCUCAACUUCUCCCUGAAGCUGCUGGCCGAUGACUGGCUCACCCAGAGGACCUCCAGUGUCUACUUCCUGGGGGACGUCCUGAACAUCGAAGCCUCCGUAGAGGGGACCAACCACAUGCCCCUCCGGCUCUUUGUGGACAGCUGUGUGGCCACCAUGGUCCCUGACCGGACCGCCAGCCCCCGAUACGUCUUCAUUGACAACAGCGGCUGCCUGGUGGAUGCCAAGGUGUCUGGCUCUGGGUCCCGCUUCAUCUCUCCCCGAGUGCAGAACACCAAGCUGCAGCUGAGGCUCGAUGCCUUCCGGUUCUACUCUGACCACCGGAGCUCCAUUUACAUCACCUGCCACCUGAAAGUGACGGCUGCUUCCCAGAACGUGGACUCUGUGAACAAGGCCUGCUCUUUCGCUGCCAGCUCCAGCAGGUGGAGCUCUGUGGACGGGAGUGAUCAGGUGUGCAGCUGCUGCAAUACUGGGAGCUGUGGCAUGGGAGCCCCUUACGGAAAGAGGCAAGGGAGAGAAGCGGCUGGCAGCAUGGUGCUGGACUGGGAAAGCGAUGCUCGGGUCGGCCCGCUGUUCAUCCAGGAGACUCUGCCCGACCUCGACGCCCCGAGUCUGCAGCUGGAAGCAGAGGACAGAACCGCACAAGGCUUCCCGGUUGAGGUUCUGGUCCUGGCUGGUGUGGUCACUGCUGUGGCUCUGGCCUGCAUCGCUGCGCUGGCCGCUGUGAUCUACAGGAGACCCGGCAAACCCACUGACUUGCAGUUUUAAUUGAAGCAAUAAAGAAUUUAAAAUCAA